ACUUCGUAGGUCGCGUCGCCUGGCUCGUUUCGCCGGCUGCCAAUACCGGCGCUUCAACCAGUGCAGGGAGCCAAGCGGCAGGGACAGACCCGUUGCCUUUUAGUAGUCGCCGUCAGUCUGGCGCAAGUCGCGUCCGAAGUAGGUACGUGUUCAGUGAUACGUGAUAUUGUGGUGUUUACCGGGCGUGUGUACAGUUUCCUUUUUUUCAAUAGUUAUUCGCUACGUCGCGAAUUCCGGUGUUGAUAAAAUAGCGGAAAGAUUUUAAAAACCUUUGAAAAAAAACUGCACCGUCCCGAGGGCAGUGACGAAAAAAACGUCCAGACUACGGCGUCCCACACUCGGAAAUUAAAGGGAAAAAUAGCCGGAAAAAAAAACACCGUGGGAAACUGGAAGGUGUAUCUUUUCUCAUCCGUUUCUUUUUGCCGUAUAGAUUUUUUCGUUGGUUAAUUUUUUUUUUUCGUUGUUAUUCGUAAAAAGUAACGAUGAUCGGUGAGUGCCGGGAUGUUGCGGGUGUAGUACCGAUGUGACGCACGAUUUAAAAAAAAGGGACAUUUUCUUUCGGAGUUACACGGCGCGAUCGUCGGGAUCGUUUUGAAUAAUUUAUUCCUCGUUGCGUUCGUAUUGAAAAAUAAAAAUAAAAAAAACUACACGAGUGUACGAAAGAACGGAAAAAAGAAAAGAGACCGAAGGGUGAAAAUUGAUAGUUUUGUGUAAACUGAUUAUAAAAAAAAAAUGAUCAAAUUAUCGGACGAUGAUUUCGGAGCUAUUCUUUAACGACGAGAUGCUGAUAUUGCAGGAAAUAAAAAAAAGAACUGGUAAUCCAAACGGUGUUUCGUACAACUGGAAAUUUUGGAAGAAUUAACAAAUAAAUAAAUUUUCUAAUAAAAACUGAUUGGUCUCUACUGAGUUUUUGCUUUCCGAUUAUCCUUUGAAAAAAUAACAAAACAAUGACUGUAAAAAAAAAUCGAAUCUUCGAUGACUCCAGAGUCUGAAAUCGUGGUUAAAGAUUCACUUCGUGUGAAUGAGAAAAAAAAGAAAAAACCAAAAAACAUGAGAUCGAGUUCGCCACUGCAGAACUUGUGCGGAGAGAGAAUAUAAAAAAAAAAACUAAAGAAAAUCAAAAUAAUCUCGGCUGAUUGAAGAAAAAAAAUCUUUUCCAAGUUAUAUCAAAAAAACUAAUCGAAAUAUCUGCGGCUGCUCAUCACGCAGCAGAUUUGCAACGAAUCAUAUAUUCAUAUAUGCCAAUACACGCCCAUAAAUCGGUAAUGAUCUCUUCAAAAAAGGCAAACGUUUUAAGAAAAAAAUACGUCACAACGAUACAACAACAACAACAAAACCAAAGAUAAAAAAUAAAUACAACAACAACACGAAAUCUUUUCGUUUGGUAUUUUUUCUUCUUUUACCUUACCAACACACACCGCAUAGCGGGUGCAGCAGACGAAGGUUGAGGAAAUCGAAAUGGUGGAGCUGAAUAGUGGGAGCGGGGGUCAGCAGCAAGCCCCCGCUUUGCAGCAACAACAACAACAACAACAACACCAACAACAACAACAACAACAGCAACAUCAGCAAGGUGGUUUAAAUUCAACGUCGACUACGUCGGGUACGUCCGGUGUAGUGCAGGUUUCGUUGUCGGGAUCAACCGGCGCCGUUCCUCCUUCCGGUGUAUUGGGUAUAGGUCGUGCGGGAGUUUUGGAAACGCAAGUGCGCGGUCAGUGGUACAGAGUAUUCGUGUCCCUCGAGGACGAUUAUCUGAGCAUAACGUUGGACGAGAGUUGUGAGAACGCCAGUUCGUUGAACGGCAAUAUAAACAACAACAACAUAGACAGUCUGAACGAUCCGGACGUACCGGACAGCGUGGCAAAUCAGAAGCGUAUAGUGCGCGUCGUUAAGAGCGACAACAACGGACUGGGCAUAUCCAUAAAGGGCGGCAAGGAGAACAAAAUGCCCAUUUUGAUAUCGAAGAUAUUCAAAGGUAUGGCAGCCGAUGCCACCGAACAACUUUACGUAGGGGACGCUAUCCUUGCCGUUAACGGAGAGGACCUCAGGGAAGCCACGCACGACGAGGCGGUCAAGGCUUUGAAACGGGCCGGCAAGGUCGUCGAGCUGGAAGUAAAGUACCUGAGGGAAGUGACGCCGUACUUUCGCAAGGCUUCGAUAAUCCAAGAGGUCGGAUGGGAGCUCCAAAGAGGAUUUUUGAGCGCCGCUCCGCCGCCACCGAAAUCACCACCCAGAGCGGACACUCGGUAUCUUCCUCUGCAACUCUGCCGAUUGACCAGAAGUCAUCCGUCGUCCGAUCCCGAGGGCCGUACCCUGGAGUUACAUUCGCCGGACGGUGUUCACGAGUGUUGGUUGAGGGCGUUGGAUAACGCGGAAGCCAACGCAUGGUUCAACGCUUUACAUUCCGCCCUGGCUGCUCUGACGCAGAAAGCCUUGAGGCUCGCAUCCGCGUUACCCGACCCUCCGCAACUGCAACACAUCGGAUGGCUGGCCAGAAGACACUGUCUACAGUUACAGAAUGGACGCGGCAGCAGCGAGAGCAGCGAAGACGGAGCCGGAAGUAGCGCCAGCACGUCCCGAGGUGCCGGCGGAAGUGGCUUCGGUAUGGGGAUGACCGGCGGAUGCAGCGGCGGGUGGCGCAGCGUUUUCGGCGCCGUGUCCGGUCGAGAAUUGAGGCUCUACGAAUGCGCUCCGUGGAGCCCGGAAGCCUGGGCAUCCCCCAGCAUCACGUGUCCCCUCAUCGCCACGAGGCUGGUGUCUUCGUCCACUCCACGGCAAGGCGAAGCUGCGGCCGGCAGCAGUUCCGGCGUUGCUAGCCAGACCCAACACGGCGGUACGUUCGCCGUACGCGUAGGUACCAUAGACGGUGUGGUAACUCAUCAUCUACGAGCCGAAACUAGAAGAGAUCUGGCCGCCUGGGCGAGAGCGAUCGUCCAGGGCUGUCACACCGCCGCACACUCGUUGAGGGAAUACGCCGUUCGAUGCGUUUGGCAAGGACGAGUUUGUCAGCUGGUAGUUCACCACGAAGAAGGUUUCGCCCUCUACGCAGCCGAUUCCAGGUCGGUCGGAAGCGGGGUCAGUCCGGGAUCGUCACCUGCCCCAUUAUGGAGAAGGUCGUUCGACAAAUUGAGAUUAUCGGCCGACGACAGCAAUCGAUUACUCUGGUUGGAUUUCGACGGCGAGGACGGAGAAAUCGAGCUUGAUUUGGGAAGUUGUCCGAAGCCGAUGGUGUUCGUUUUGCACAAUUUUCUUUCGGCUAAGAUUCAUCGUCUCGGUUUAACCGCAUAGGGGUACGCGGGGGCUUCGUCGGAGCCCCCCGACCUGCCACCCCACACAACGAGGUCAGUGACUAGCGUGAUUUUACAUUGAAAACGAUAUCGUUAAUCGAUCGACUAACGAAUAAUUAAAAAAAUUAAGAAAAAUAAUAUCUAUACAUACAAAAAUAAAUAAAUAAAUAAAUAAAUAAUUAUUAUCGAAUAACGAAUACGAGGGAAAUUUAACUGGUUGAGUAAAUGCGACGUGCGACAAUUUGCGAGGAAAGAGGGGGAGAAAAAGUGAACGGGAGCUGAAAUCCGCGUCGCGAAUAUAAUUACGAAACUUACCGUUAGAUUUUCAUUAGAAUAAUUACAAUCAAUUUCAUUAUUAUUUAACCACAUCCGCGGCUAAAAUAAUUAUCGUUGCUCGACUUCUUUUCUUUUCUCCUUUCUUUCGUUUCAUCUCAUUUUCUUCGUACUUGUGGGCAAGCAGAAAAAAAAGGAUCAUAUCGCACUGACAUAGUAAUUUUUAGUAGUUUUUCACAUUUUCAUUGAUUUUUGUCCAAUCCAAUUUUUAUUCGUUCGUUUACGUGCGUUCAUUCAAAAUGUUCGAUCAGUUGCGAUUCGACGUGCACUUGAUUUCGGAUAAUUUUUAGCUCUCGAAUCGAUUGAAUUGAAACGAAAAAUGAGACGAAGAACAAAUUGAAUUCACUGGCAACUUCAAAAAUUCAAAUUUCCUAAAACCGAAUGUUUUUUUAGAAAAUAAAAAAAAACGUCAAAAAAAAACGCCAACUUACCUUAAGAAAGUAUAAAAUUACAAUCGACUACGACGAGAAGAAGGGAGCGGGGAGAAAAAAAAAAAAAACUUAAUUAAUAGAAACAAAAUGAAAGAUGCAAAAAAAAAAAAAUUAUAAUACUUCUAACAAAAUAUAUGCAUACGAAAAACAAUAUGUAGAAUAAUACUCAUAAACUAUUUAAAAGAAAAAUUAAUAAAUUAAUAAAUAAUUAACGAAACAAUAAAACAAAAAUUAUAAAGCCAUCCACUUAAAAAAAAAAAAAAAAAAAAACCAAUGUCAAGUUACAAAUAAUUAUAUAUAUUAUAUAUAUAUGAGAAAUACACAUCUGCAUACCUGAUAUAAUAUAUAUAAAAAUAAUGCCUGAGGAAUAAUUGUGUAACGAGGAGAGAAACAGAAUUAAGAAGAAAAAAAAAAAAGGAAAAAAAUAAUUGAACAAAACGAAAUGAAGAAAAAUGAGAAAUUAGCAAACUAAAAGAACAACGCGCCUAAUUAACGAAUAAUACGUGUGUGUUGAACUUUGAUAUUAUAAGAGAGAGACAAAAAAAAACUUCAAAAGUGACAGGAAAAAGAGAAAAAAAUAUGCAGGUUAAUAUAUAUUAUAAAUACAUGCUUGUUUCAAAUUGAUCGACACAGUGCACACGUAAUUAUGAAUAACACGUAUGAUUGGAAAAAAAUCCAUAUUUCGGAAUGGUAUCGAUCAAAAAAUAUUCUCGAAACGAACAAUAAAUAAUGAUAGGUAAAUAAAAUUUAUUACUCGUGUACUUUGAACGCCAUAAAAGCUGGACGGCUGAAGGCAUACACCUAUUAAUUGAUUAAAUAAUUAGUUUGCAGCAUACACAUUAAUUAUACAUCAUAAAUUGAAAAUAAAAAAACACAUAAAAAAAUUCAAAAUGCAUCACAUAUGAAUAAUCGUACGACUAUGAUGCUAACAAUAAUCAUAUCAAUGAUAAGAUUAUUCAUGAUAAUUUAAGAAUUUUAACUUAAUUUAUUUGUAACAUUCGUAUUCGUAUUGUUAAUAUCGUAUAACCAUAGAGAAAAGAUAAAAAAAAAUCAUUAUAAAAUUAAUAAUUGAAUUUCAUAUCAACGAAAAUGAAUGAAUGGAUGAACAAAGUGGAGAGGAGAGAAAAAAAAAAUCGAUGGAAAUUCAUUGCGACUGAAAAAGAAUGAAACUGAAGAAACAAAAAUAUAAAAAAAUUAAACCGAAAAAGAUUAAAUGAGGACAACUCAUCGUUGUAAUAAUUGUAUAAAAUUCUAAAAGUAGCGAACGAUAAUUUCGAAAUAAAAAAAAAAAAAAACAGAAAAAACAGAAAAAAGAAA